ACUAGAUCUAGAUCUAGAUCUAGAUCUAGGCCUCCCUUAGUACUAGUCUGACCGUCUAGAAAUAAAAAUAUUCAAAUCUUGAUUCUAACACUAAGAAUCUAAUACUAAUAUUAUUUAUUUAGUAGAUCUAGAUCUAAUAUUCAGCCGCAAUGUCUGGGAGUCAACCCAUUGAUACAGACUGCAUUACACUGACAAGAUUUGUUCUUGAAGAGCAGCGAAAAUAUCCUAAAGCAACAGGGGACCUUACUCAGCUAUUAAAUGCCAUUCUUACUGCAAUUAAAGCUAUUUCUUCUGCUGUCAGAAAGGCCGGAAUACAUAACCUAUAUGGUAUCUCAGGAUCAUCCAAUGCCACUGGGGAUUCUGUCAAGAAGCUUGAUGUUCUGUCAAAUGAUUUAUUUAUCAACAUGCUAACUUCAUCAUAUACUUGUUCUAUAUUAGUAUCUGAAGAAAAUGAGCAGCUCAUUGAAGUUGAGGACAAAUUUAAAGGCAAGUAUAUUGUGUGCUUUGAUCCAUUAGAUGGCUCGUCUAAUAUUGACUGUUUAGUUUCGAUCGGCUCAAUUUUCGGAAUUUAUAAAAAGACAACUGAAGGACCUGUUUCAAAACAAGAUGUUCUUCAGCCUGGAGAAAAUCUUGUUUGUGCUGGAUAUGCAUUGUAUGGCAGUGCUACAAUGGUAGUUCUUUCUCUUGGUCAAGGAGUGAAUGGAUUUAUGUAUGAUCCUUCAAUUGGUGAAUUUUUGUUAACUGAAAAAAACAUGAGAAUCAAGCCAAGGGGCAAAAUUUAUUCCCUUAAUGAAGGUUAUGAAAUGUACUGGGAUGAGCCUACAAGAGAAUAUGUGAAUAACAAGAAGAGACCGAAGGAUGGAAAACCUUAUGGUGCUAGAUAUAUUGGUUCAAUGGUUGCUGACGUUCACAGAACAAUUUGCUAUGGUGGUAUUUUUAUGUACCCAGCAACUUCUGAAGCACCACAUGGAAAGCUUCGAAUUAUGUAUGAAGGAAAUCCGAUGGCUUAUAUAAUAGAGCAAGCAGGUGGCUUGGCUAUAGAUGGCAAGCAACGAAUUCUUGAGAUUGUACCUACUGAUAUUCACCAGCGAUGUGCUGUUUUCAUGGGUUCAAAAGAGGAUGUUCAAGAUAUUUGGGAACUGUACAAAAGAAAAUCUUCAUAAUGUUAAUUAUUAUACAAACCAAAUUGUCAUUGUUUGUGGAACAAUGAAUGUGUUAGUAUCCAAUAUGCACAGUUUAAUUUUUUUAAAAUAAUGAUUUGUAAAAUUCAGGUUUAGGUUUCCAUUAUAUAACCCUGCAAGUAUAUUUUUAAUUUUUUUUAAAUAAAAUUUUGUUUUAAACAAAUCUUGGGGAUUUACAAAAAAGGGCUGUUAUUAUUGUCAUUAAUGGUUUUUUAAGGAUUUAAACAAGUCUGCCUAUUUUUUUAAAAAAGGAAUUUUAAUUUUUAUAAUUUUUAAAGUAUCGCUACUUUAAAGAAACUGCAAAUGAUCAACAAUUGCAGAUAAAAGGGACAUUUUGACCGAAGGUCUUUGUCAACACACAGUAGGUGUUAAAGACGAGAGAAAAAAGACAAACAGCAACAUAAUAAACACUACAAUAUCCAAAAAAAGAGAUGCAUGUUAAAGGAUGCUUAAACAAUAUGAGGGGGGAGCUAAAAGAAAUAUGCUUGUUUAAGCCAUCUGGCGAUUGAGUGCCAAAACCAAUCAGCCUUACAUUGAAACACUUUUGACCCCCAAGCCAUCCUUAUACAAUUUAUGAAACUAAAUUCAGAUUGAACUAAACUUACCAUAAUAUCAUUAAGUUCUGGCAAAAAUAUUAUCAAAUAAGACCCCACACAGCCUUUUUGAUCCAGCAGAACACUUUAUUUUUAGAAAGGAAAGCAUUCUCAGAGAAAUUUAAUCCUGAGUUACAUUGCACCUAUUAUCACCACCAGGGUUGUUACAAUACCAUGUAGACAUAAAUGCAAUAGGUGACCUCACCCUUCAGGUGGAAUCCCUCCAGCAGACAAAGGAAACCGUCAAAAUGUACAAUCAAUUAAACUAAGUCCUAGAAUCGUGGUAUACAUCAUCUAAUGUAGGGAAACUACUGUCUGACUGGGUCAACCAACACCUUCGAUUCAUUAAAAAAAUGAAAACAAUUUUCCUGAUGCUACCAUUUAAUGAGAGUGAACACUAUUAAAAAACUACUUUGUUGUGACUGCUGUCAGUUUUUGCAGUAGUUUAAAAAAAAAACUGCCUGAGCACAAAAGCAGUUUAUAAGGUUUGGCACUAGAGCACAAAAAAAAUGGCUUAAACGAGCAGGUACCUUUCAUCUGACCACCCUGUUCACCACGCCCCAUUCCCCACUUUGUGUUGUCAAUGCAACCUUUAACAUGCGUCGUGGAUAUUGUGGCAUUUAGAUAAGACAUGUUUGCACAAAUGAUCAAGUUCAAAUUAUGUUACUAUUUUUUUUUGUCCAGCCUUUAACUACACUGAUAUGUGCUGAUGAAAACAUUAGGUCAAAACUUUUGUUAUAUCUUUGUCUUGAGGCAUGGCUAGAGUGCAGCUCCUCACGGUGUCGUCACCCCCCCCCCCCCUUUUUUGUGUGAAGGAUACACACUUUUUUUAAUUGUUUGCACUUUACAUUAAUUAAAAGGUUUAAGUAAAAAUUAACGCUUAUUUUACAAAUGAUAAAUAAUGAGUUUUCUAGACAUCAAGUUAAGUUUAAGUACAAAAUUAAAAGCAUAAGAAUAUUGCACGACAAUGGUGAUCAAAUGGAGUUUUAUACUAUACAAGCUGACCCGCUGUGUAUCAUAGGCCGCUAUUUAGUUGUUUUAUUUUCUACUUUUCAGUACUACAUAGUUAGUGAAUUCGAUACUACCCUCCCUUCCAUUCCCCCGCCACCAUGAAAGCAGCCAUCCGUAACGACAGUUUUUUAAAGAUCCAGCAGAGCUUUUUUACCUCUCCUUAGUUUCAAAUUGUUUAAAAGCUAAAUUAUCUGCCCCUGGUAGCGGUUAUUAAUUCGACCCGGCUCUAAAAUUGUAAACAUUCGGGGUGAACCUUAGCUCUCCAGAAUAGUGGGGGUGGUAGCUAUAUGCCUAGAAAGCGGGGGAGAAACGGCGUGCGUAUACGUGGUGUCUCGCAUGGUCCCAAUGAAGAAAAUUAUAUAAAUAGAUGCUUUUCUAUCACAUGCAAACAGAUAAACUGUGUCCAUUUCAGCUUCAUAGUAUAGAUUAAACAUAAUGUUGUAAAGUGAGCAAAAGCAAUAGGGAUUUUUAUCAAUCCAUACCCAUCAAGCUUAUUAGUGUGUUCUUUUUACUGUAUUUAAAAAACAACAACAUUAGUGUUCUCUCAUCACUUAGCUUUCUUUUUUUCAAUGCUUAACAUGUCUAAACUUUUUAUGAGAUGUUCUUUCAUAAUUGUGAUAAAUGGCCUAUUCUCUCGUGGGGACAUUUUAUAUAUAUAUAUAUAUAUAUAUAUAUAUAUAUAUAUAUAUAUAUAUAUAUAUAUAUAUAUACUUUUUGUUUGAUUAAAAUGCUCAACUUAGUUUAUAUUUGUUUUUUAAUUGGAUAUACUAGCACUAGUUAGAUCUGGCUUUGUUUUUAAAAAUUCUAUCAAAUUGUCCAGCUAUAAGUUAUAAUUGAAGUACUUAUUAUGUUCAGACUAUGAUCGAGAAUUGCAGCCUAAUCUUGUAUUUUGUGUGAUUUUUUUAUUUAUUUAUAAAAUCAUGAAACGUUUCCCUAAUCAAUAAGAAUAUGAAUGAUGUGCUUUCAAUUUCAAUAGAUGGUAAAUAGAAAAGAAAUUCAGCAGAUUGAGUAAAUUUUUUUUGUUACCUGAGUAUUAUCUCUUUCAAAUAUCCAAGAUUUUUAUUCAUAAUUAGCCAGAUUGUUUUAUACUACUUACCCUAAUUUCAACUAUUUUUUAAUUAUGAUUUAAACUAUUGUAUUGUUUGAUGUGUAUAGCUGACUUUUUUGCUGAGGCCUACAGGUAUUAAAAAUGGUAUUACACAAAGUGUAAAUUUUUUUUUAAUUACAAAAAAAAAAGAAAAAAAAUAAACUUCCUUCAUUUAAGACCAGUUUUUCCUAAACUAUAAUUAGGUUAUAGGCCUAUAUUGUUAGCAUACCCUAAAUCAGGAGUCUGCAACCUUUUGAGGCGGAAGAGCUAAAAGUUUCAAUUUACACAAUUUCCCAGA